AUGCUGAUUACUUUACAGACUGUGAAAGUCCGAUCUAUCGUCCUUCAUGAGCAGUUUGAUCAUGUGACACUGGACUAUGAUGUGGCAUUACUUAGGCUUCAGGCACCACUGAACUUCAACGAUUAUGUCAGACCAGUUUGUUUGCCAGAGCUAUUGAAUACAUUAAAUCCCACAAAAGUGUGUGUGGCUACUAAAUGGGGAAGUACCAAAGAAGGUGAUGUCCGUGUUAACAGAUUACAGCAGACAAUAGCACCAGUGCUGAACACCUCCAUCUGUGAAAGGGAUUUCUACAGUGAUCAUCCUGGUGGAAUCACAGACCAAAUGGUUUGUGCAGGGUUGCCUACCCCUGACGGCAGAGAUUCCUGUCAGGGCGAUUCAGGAGGUCCUUUGGUGUGUAUGGAUGACAGAAACUCUGGCACUUUCAGAAUCUAUGGUAUUGCCAGCUGGGGUGCUGGCUGCUUCCGGCCAAAGAAACCAGGGGUGUACACUCGAGUAAGAGUCAUUAUGAACUGGAUUUUAGAAGAAAUUGAAAAGAGAGACUCUACAAACAUACUUGUUGUUAGCACACCUGAAUUACUGAAACGUUGUGCCGGUGUUAAACUGACUAAAGCUCGAGGAGAGAUCAAAUCACCAGGAUACCCUAGGAAGUAUCCUAAUAAUGCCAGAUGUACUUGGACCAUUGAAGCUGUGGAAGAUUCUGUAAUUAGACUUGAUUUUAAGACAUUCAGAACAGAGAAGACUGAAGUGUGUAUUGAUCACUUGUUUGUUUAUGCGACACAGAACAACAUCCAAGAACUGACAGCUCAUUACUGCGGGGAGACCCUGCCUUCCUCUCUCAAAGUAGUGGGUUCACGGGUGACACUGGUGUUCACUUCGAAUGACCAAGUAACAUUUGAAGGAUUUUGGCUGACUUACCACAUUCACCUCCCUGAGUUUGGGUCAGAUGGCUUGCUGGAUAACAAACGAGCAUGUCAGCCUUUUACUCUGUUACGAGUUGGAGCUGGUGAAAUCUUCUCUGCCAGUUAUCCAGACAUGUACCCAGUGAUGCUGGAAUGCGUUUGGACACUGUAUUCUGUAUCAGGAAAAAGAGUACAGAUAGAAAUAGAAGACUUUUCUACGGAAAGCGUCAGUGGUUGUACUUGGGACUAUCUGAAAAUAUUUGAUGGAGCCAGUCGCACUGCAACAUUGUUAGGUCAUUUCUGUGGUGAAAAAGAACCCUUAAGCCUCUGGUCAAGUGGGUCUUUUCUGACAUUGUACUUCAAGACAGAUGGCUCAGUUGGAAGCAGAGGAUUUAGGUUAAUCUACAAUGAAAUAUCAAGCAAAAGUACAGGCAGCUUGAUUACACAUUUAGAACCCAGCAUGGAAAAUGAAAACAAAAUUCAGUAUGGAGUACCACAGAUUCAGCCCCAUGGAAUUGAGACUGAUGAACAGAAUGGACAAGUCAGUGUGAGAAUAAUUGGUGGUAAAAGCACGGUCCCUCAUUCAUGGCCUUGGCUAGUCAGUUUGCAGUCCAGGAAAGGUCACUACUGUUGUGGUAGUCUGAUCAGCAAAUUCUGGGUUGUCACUGCUGCACACUGUCCCUUGAGCUAUGGUGAUGUGGUGAUCUUGGGCUUGAACAAUUUGCACUCAGCUGUUGAAAACAGACAGGCAAUUGCAGUGGGUGGCAUUUAUCCACACAAAGAAUACAAAGGAGUCCAUAAUGACAUUAUGCUUGUACAGCUUCAGUAUGCUGCCAUCUUAGAUGACACAGUUAUACCUGUUGCUUUACCACACCCCAGUGAAGAGAUGGACUUAAAUGCAUCUUGUGUGAUUGCAGGAUGGGGAUUUACUAAUGUUUAUAAUAGGACUCUAACACCAAAGUUGCAACAAGCUGUCGUAUGUCUAAUGGAUUUGGACUCCUGCCAAUCAUUCUGGGGAGAUAUAAAUGAAUCUGUUGUGUGCACAAAAGCUGCUGCAGCAUCAUCCUGCAUGGGAGAUUCUGGAGGAGCUCUGGUGUGCAGAAAGAAUGGAGUUUAUUAUCUCACCGGCAUUAUAAGUAGGGGUUUUAGAAGUUGCCUAGUAGAUGCCCCAACAGUGAAUACUAAUGUUGCCUACUACAGAACAUGGAUAUCCAGUAUUACUGAAGGAAGUGUUUAAUAUAUCUGUCUACAAAUAAAGUUUUAAAACAAUAUCCGUGAACUAAAAAAAAAAUUACUUAGCUUGUUUCCAAAGUGAUAAUUUAUUAAACUUUAAUGCAGAAUCAC